CAAAAGAAAACAUGCUUCAAAUAGAAUUAUUUGGUCUUGAAGAUUACGAAUCAAUUUUCCAAUCAUGUAUAAAACAUUGUAAAAAAAUUACAAGAUUUCAUGGUUCAAUUGUAUUUCAACAAACUUCUCUUCUUCUCGAAAUGUUGAAGACUUGUAAAGAACUCCAAGAUAUCCUUAUUGAAGAUUUAUCUCACGAACCUGAACGUGUAUGUACAUCUAUCGCAUAUUUCGAUCCUAAUAAUUUCAUACGACAACUCGGAGAAGCCAUGCCAACAAAUGUACAUAUAUUAACAUUAAAGAUAAAUUGGGUAUUUUCAUCGAAAUCAUUAGAUGACCUUUUCAAAAAGUUUAAAGCAACAAAUUUAAGAAUAUUAGACUUUUCUGGUUUAUCAUUUAUUUCCGAUGAUCAUCUUGAAGUUAUUAUCAAACGUUGUGGUGGAAAAUCGAAGGAAUUAUAUUUGACACAUAGUUAUUAUUUUUCUGAUGAAGUUAUUGAAAAGGCACGAAAUAGUUUUCGGAAAGUUGUCUUUAUGGAAGACGAAUUUAUUUAUGGGUGUUAUCAAGAUGAUUAUAGUGAAUUAUAUGGUAGCUAUUAUGACGAUAGUGAAGGUGAUGAUGAGGAGGAGGAAGAAGAGGAGGAGGAAUUGUAUUCAGAUGAUAAUAGUGGUUAUGCAGAUUCUGAAAAAGAUGAUGACGAUUAUGAUUCAGAACAAACAACUUAUAUAGAAAAACCAACCUCUACCAUGCAAUUCUCAUCUGCAAAUAACGAUUCUUCACUUCACAACGCAGGAGAUGCAAAUGCCAAUCCUUUUGAAAUUCCUGCAGACGAAGAUGCUAUUUCGGCUAAUCCUAAUAUGACAAUAGAAUCUGAUGAUGUAGACCUUUCAUCCGCUCAUUCACAUGCGUCGGCUACUCCAAAGUCAACAACAACCGUUAACUCUGAUGCACAAUCACCUCCCUUAGUAGAAACUAAUAAUCAGUCUAAUCAGUCCAAACUUUAUGCUUCCGGUACUCUCGAUGAACCAGUUUCAAAAACUAUUCUUCGAGACUUGAAAAAUGUUGCAGUUAAGUUGCAACAAGUUCUUCAUCCUAAAGGGAAUCGAGAUGUUCUACGAGAUUGGGAUUUGUGGGGUCCAUUAAUUCUUUGUUUAUCACUAGCCAUAUUAUUGGGUAUUAGUGCAAAAAAGGAUCAAGAAAUUAUGGUGUUUACUAGUGUCUUUACUAUUGUAUGGUUUGGGUCAGCUAUCGUGACGAUAAAUGCGAAACUUUUAGGGGGCACAGUGUCUUUUUUUCAAAGCAUUUGUGUCAUUGGUUAUUGUAUAUUUCCUUUAGUUAUAGUAGCAUUUGUUGCAAUUUUUGUAAAAAUAGUCUACAUACGGUUACCUUUGGUAGUAUUUGCAUUUUUGUGGUCAUCUUGGGCAUCAGUUAAUUUUCUAUCAUCAUCUCAUUUAUCAAAUCGUCGGCUAUUAGCUGUAUAUCCAUUAUUCUUAUUUUAUUUCGCUAUCGGUUGGAUGGUAUUAAUUUUAUAG